GACUUUCGCAGACCCGUCCUACCUUUGUGUUUUCGUAAAAUUUUUUUUCCCUUUCUCUCUUUGCAUCCGACAGCCUUUGAGCUUGCCAUCGCCAAUCCCCGCCGUUGCUGCGAUUGUGUAUGCCCCGCGCAGCUCCCAGCCCUUUGAGCCGUUCCUGUCGUGCCCUGUGUCCCUUGUCUUGAGCCGCUAGUGCGUCACCGCUCCACCUCAUCUUGCUGCCACAUCCGGCCAGACAAUGCUGUUUACUUCCACACUGGCCAUUGGCGCCAGUCUGCUGUCUCUAUCCGAGGCCAUCGCGUUGCACAAGAGAACCGACGGCCCCGCAAGAACAGUUCAACUCGACACACACCGCAAGCGAACCACGUUCAGCGCGCCGGUCCGGGACAGACUAAGAAAGCGCUCAAAAACGCUGAAUGUCCAGCUUUUGAACGAGCAGACCCUCUACUUCGCCAAUGUCUCGAUCGGAACGCCUGCGCAGAGCCUGCAUCUCGAUAUCGACACCGGCUCUUCGGACUUGUGGGCUAACAGUGCAGACUCCAAUCUCUGCCAAUCCAACGGCAAUUACUGCGCCGCUUCUGGCACCUACAACGCCAACGACUCGUCAACAUAUACAUACGUAAACUCCGACUUCCUGAUCAAGUAUGCAGACGGCUCGUACGCAAGCGGCGACUAUGCAAAGGAUACGGUGACGCUGGGUGGGACCGCCCUGACAAACGUGCAGUUCGGCAUCGGUUACGAUUCGACAUCGCCGCAGGGCAUCCUCGGCGUAGGCUACAUGACGAACGAGGCCUCCAUCGCCACGACGGGCAAGACGUACACCAACGUACCGGCGCAGAUGGUCGCCGACGGUGUGAUUGCUGCCAACGCGUACUCGCUGUGGCUCAACGACCUUGACGCGAAUACCGGCUCUAUUCUUUUCGGUGGUGUAGACACAGACAAGUAUCACGGCGACUUGAGCACCGUGCCCGUCAUCAAGGAAAACGGCGUGUACCAAGAGUUCGUCAUUGCCUUAACAGGCUUGACUGCUGGCGGACAAGAGGUUUCCAACACACCCAUCGCUGUGCUUCUGGACUCUGGCUCUUCCCUGACGUACCUACCGGACAGCACCGCACAGUCACUGUACACCAUCUUUAGUGCGACGUACGACUCCCAGGCCGGCGCCGCAACGGUGGACUGCAGUCUCGCCAACAAUGCCGCAACAGUCGACUUCAGCUUCAGCGGCAUCAACAUCUCCGUGCCGAUGAACGAGCUCGUCAUCGUCGACGCCGUCGAGCGCGGACGCGAGAUCUGCAUCCUCGGCAUCACAUCUGCCGGCAGCAGCACCUCCGUGCUCGGCGACACCUUCCUUCGCUCGGCAUACGUGGUGUACGACUUGGACAACAACGAAAUCUCCCUCGCGCAGACGAACUUCAACGCCACCAGCAGCAACGUCCAGGAGAUCGCAGCCGGUUCUUCGGGCGUGCCGAACGCGACGCCCGUCGCCAGCCCCGUCACCAACUUGGCCGUCGGGACAGGAGGCGCCAGGAACGGAGGAAACCCAAGCGUGACUGCCGUGGGUGCUGCCGCCAAGGCGACGGCUCCUCCCGCCGUCAUGGGCGGCGUCGUUGCCGCCGCGGCUGCUGGUAUCGCCAUGGCGCUGUAGAGGACAUCUUUAUACCCCCAUGAAAGCCUCUGUUUCAUGAUAUUUCUUGAAUUGCUGCAUAGCUCGGAGUUUUCAGGUCCUUCUUUUUUUUUUCAAUCUCCUUGCGCACCCUUUCUCCUUUCAUUUCAGCGAUUUCGGGCGCGAAGGGUGCGGGUUAUGGCAUGACUGGGGACAGGCCCCAAGGAGAUUCGGUUGGAUACAUGACAUGCGUUGAUUUUGGCUGCCGAACAGUCCUCCAUCGCUGUAUUACUUCUUUGUGGACAACCCCGACGACCAUUGGCAUAGCGGUUUUCUUUUUUUUUGGAUUUUAGCUUUUAGACCAACACUGUUGCAACUGACCCAUCUCGACGCGGGAAAUUGGCGAAAAGACAGAAAGAACAAGACAUGGGAAAUCUGGAGGAUCCUUUUGUAUAUACGGCUUAGCUUAGAAUAUCGUGGUAUGAUCCACCAUGCGAAAUGAGAUAUAUAUAUGUCAUGACG